GAAGCAAAGUCCACAGCAUAGUGCACAAGUGCUAUGACACCUCCUCAUAUCCAAGAGCAGUACACUGGCUACGGGCAAAGUCCUACGUUCUCAGACUACAACUCCCGGCAUGCCCCGGGGUGGGUCGCACAAGAUGACGCGCAGCCCAGGAGUCCCGCUGGUUGGCUGUGGAGGGAGAUUUGAAAAUACUGCAGGCGGGACCCGGGGACGGAAAUCAACACAGACUAGAGUGGAGCGGAGCCUGCGGACCGGAGACCGAUACAUACUCUGAGGAUAGAUGAAGGCCUUUAAAGCAGCAGACUUUAUAAAGCUGACCUCAUCACUAGAGGGGGCGGUAAAACUGCAAACAGAACUACAGUCAUGUAUGACAGAUGUUCCCUGCGAGCCCUCACGUCCAGACCAGCUAUCAGAUCAGCGCUUUGUCUGUGAUCGUCUGUUGCGGGCCUGUAACCACUGGGCUGCAGAUUCCACCUGCAAUGGAACGCAUCUACAAAGCUUGGUGCCCUUGGUGGAGUUGGCCAGUCAGGGCUUCUGCGUGUCAAGCCCCCAGCGAACACCUUUCUAUUUGGAGAAGAUAUUAUUUCACCUUCUGAAAAAUGUCUCUGUUCAUGAAGCUUCGUAUCAGGCCUGCAGUCAGCUCUCAGAUCUCCUUUAUUCCUACCUCAACCAGAGCCCUUCAGAGCAACAAAAUGGCGGUGACUUUGUAGCACUAUGUAAAAGUAGCUUUCAGUGUUUGUGGAAGGUGGCAGGAGAGCGUGAGCCAAAGCAGAGCGCCAGCCCUUCUAACCGAGAGACUCUAUGUCUUAGGUUAUAUGCGCUGCGGUUCCUCAUGUUGGUGGAAAUGUCUAGUUCACAUGCGGACUCUCCCAUUACAAUAUCUCGGCAUGCCAAAUAUGCAACGUUGGUCUUUGAAGCCUCAGGAAAACCUUGCAGCCAAAAUGACGCCUGUUUCCUUAGUGAACGUUUUGAGGAUCUGUUGAUUAAAUCUUUAAAGAAACAAGAAAAAUUAACCCAUCCGUGGGCUUGUUCACUGGUGGAUUUGACAUUAGAGAGGAUUCGUGUGCUUUGUAAAAGUAGCUGCUUCCAGCAGGCCAAGGAGGUCAUCCAGCAAGCAGUUACACGCCUGAAUGAGUCUGAUGGGUGCUGCCGGUCUGCUCUAACGCUUUUAAGCUUUGUCAUAGACAUUCAUGAGUGGAAGAAGUCAUUAGAGAUUAAGAAGUGUUUGAUGCAGAUGGCAGAGACUGUUGAUGGGGUCUCCUCCCAUGGUGAUGGAUGGCAGUGCCAGGCCCUCAGUGACUGCUGUCAGUUCACAGUUUCAUGUUUGGAUGGCCGACUCAAGCAGGCUUCAGAUACUGUUAAUAAGGGAGCAGAUGUCGUUCUCAGUCUGGCCAAGUUUCUUGAGGCACAUUUCAAACUUUUGGAGAAACAAAUUUCUUUGGUUCCUAAAGAUGGGUCGCGCCAACUUCGAUCCUUAAAACAGCAGCAGUUUUCUGGCCUCCAGCAAUUCACCAAUGUUGUCUGCUCAUUUCUCCAAAACUCCAAGGAUAUGAAAAAUGAAGAAUUGCAGUCACUGCUAGGAGCCUGCAAAGCUGCAGUGUCCAGAAUGCUGAUCUCUAUGCAGGGUCUUUCUGCUCCAGAUUCCACUGAAUUCUUAAAUAUAGCUGCGUCCUGCGUACAUAACAUGGCUUAUUGGUUCUAUAACCAGAGGAAAUAUAAGGAAGCCUCCGAGCUGGUGUCUCCAUUUUGUGAGAGACUUGCGGCAGCAGGGCCUGAGGGUGAACCUGAGCUGGCUGUGGAAAGGGUUCACCGUUGCUUUAAGCUGCAUGUGGAGAGUUGCAGGAAGGCUGGGCAUACUGCCCUUGGUCUGGCAGCUGUGACUCUUUGGUUGUGGGCUUUGCGCUCUCAAGUCUCUCAGCAAAUGGCUGAACCAGUUGCGCAAUGGGUCAGGCUUAAAAUUGAUGGCGCAAGGAAUGGAGAUGAAGAUCUGCGUCUGCAUACUCUGAAGGAUGGACUUGCCAGUAAUCCUAUGGACCCUGAACUGAUGGUUUCUCUCCUGUCAGAAGAGCUGAAAGGAUAUAAAUCUGUCUAUGGGGACACUGGACAGGAACGUUACAAUACAAUCUGUGACCUCCUUGAACUUUGUGCUGAAGACAGCAGCUUCUCCCAUCAUCGUCCAGUCUUCCUUCUUGAUCUUGCUCAAGUUCUGUGUUACCAUGACUACUCCGGACAGACUGAAUGUACUGCUUUAGAUGCUGUGCAGGAUUGCCUCAGACUUCUUGAUUCUGCUUCACAAGUUUCAGAAAACCAGGAGCGUUUGCUGGAUAUAAAAGCCCAAGCACUUCUGUGGCAGUAUAUCUGCACUCUUGAAGCUAAUAUGCGUGAGGGUUUUGAGGAGCAACAAAGGAAAGAAAAGUUGGACACCCAGCGUCAGUGGACUGGUAUAGAAUACGAACCCAAUGACCUCAACUAUGAAGACAAACUUCAUGAUGACCAGUCUGCUAGGGAUGGCAUCUGUUUCACACUGGCUGGGGAAGCAGGACCCAUGAAAGGCCUGGAAGAAGCUCUGGAGCUGUGGAAAAAUCUUCUUUCAGGCUCUGAAGCUCCAUCCCUCAAUUGUAGUGAGCAGACGGUGUUCUCACUGCAUUUACUGGGAUCUAUCUUUCGACUUAUGGGAAAGCCUCUGCAGGCCAUACAGAGCUUUCUGCUAGUGAGACAUCUGUGCACUUUCCUUGGUGAUCACAUCCGGGUGGCUGGUGCUUUGUGUCAUUUAACAAAACUUCUGUUCCAUCUGGAGAGUCCUAAGUAUGCAAAGGUCACCCUUCAGGAGGCAAAAGAAGCUUUACUGCGUGCUGACACUACUUCUGAGAUCUACAUGUUGACUGACUGUUACUGUCAGCUGCUGCAGAGUCAUCUCUACAGAGUUACAAACCAGGUUGAGAAAGGAGUACAAGUUCUUGUAAAUCUUCUUCAACAUCCAUCUCUGCAAAAGCCUUCCAAAGCUUGGUACCUACUAAAAGCUCAAAUUUUGCAAGAGCUGUCAAUGUUUCUUAGGCUUCCGGCUUCAGUCCUGCUUCCGGAUCUCUACAAGCAGCUCUGUUCCCAUGGAAGGCAUAACCCAGAAACUGCCCUAACAGAAGCCCACAAGUUGCUUAGAAGCAUUGUUCUUCUUUUACUUGGAAAUGAUGUUCUGUCCACUCCUAAGGCAACAUCUGAUGCACGUUUUGUGGACAAUGGUGAAAACCUCCUCCAAAAGUGGCAGGUACUUGCUGAUCUGCUGACUUGCUCCCAGGAUCUUAUCAGCACCUUGAGCCGUCUUGGUAGUGUUUCAGAGGCUAAGUCUUUUUGCCUGGAGGGACUAAGAUUAGCUAAAAGUCUUCAUAGCAUGCGACACUGUGCAGACUUCUUGGUGAGGAAAGCAGAACUAGAGACUUUACGCUCUGAGACUCAACAAUGUGAGGAUGAUCUUCAAUAUGUGGUGUUCCUUAUGGAGUCUUGUACAGAUUUCUCUGCAAAAUCUCAACAAAAGGAAGUAAAGAUAAAACUUUCUAAAGGGAAGCAGUCAACUAAAAAGGGAAAGGCUCCUGAGUUUACACCUAGCCCUCCAACAGAUGACUUCUUGAAGGGUGUUAAGUUCUCAUUUGUGGAAACCAGAGACUUGCCCAAACAUCCAGAAUCGCCCACGAUUGCACGUUCAUGUGUGAAGAGCCCGCCUCAGUUUGUGUCACAUACAGUGGAGUGCACGUGCCCUUUAUGUUCUGAUCUCGUUCUUGCUCUGUUGUGCACAAGGUGGCAGAUUGCUCAAGCAGAGAAUGACCCCCAGAGCCGAAUCUUAUUACGAUCAGCUCUGAAGCGCUGUCAGUCCAUAACCCUCCGCUUCUCUAGAUUUUUGAAUGAGCUCCUCUAUACAAAGGAUGGAGGUCUGGGAAUUGCUGAUGAGCUCAUAGCUCGGGUGUACCAGGAUAUAGUGUCCAUGAGUCCUCCUCCUAAUCUUCCUGAGGGAAUGUUAGAAGAUGGUUUACACUUUGUUUCUUCUCGUCCAGCGACUCUCCCCAAGCACUGGAGAGCGAGUCUUUUAUACGUAAAAGCGUUGGACUCUAUCUACAAGCUGGCAACAAAACAUGGUGGAUGCAUUGCAGAUCUCUUUAUGCAAGUUUGGGGCUGGAAACCACAACAAGAAGAAAAGAAAAGUGCCAGUCUCAAGAGCAACGUCACUGGUUCUAAUGCACUUACCAAUAAAAGGAAAGGAUCUCACAGGAUUUCAGUAGAUCUUGAUAUAUUUUCUCAGGAGGAAUCUGAUUCCUCUCUCACAUCUGUGCUUACCAAGGCUCAAACACCUCUGCGAAAAGACCGUCUGGCAUCUCAAACCAAGCCAGUUAUAUCAACAGUUACCAAAAAGAGUUCUGUCACAGUCUAUAAUGAAGAGUUUCCCCAGCCGGAAUUGGAACCAAGGGCUCCAAGAAGACGCAAGACUAGAACCGUGAUCAAGGUUGAUUUCAGUGAUAGUGAUAUGGAAAUGCCAGAUGACACUGACAAUGACCCAACUUGGAAUAAUAAAAAGCCAAGUGAGCGUGCAAAGCCUGGGACCCGGGGAAGAGUAAGCAGUAAGAGCUGUGUAGUGCCAGCUGCUUCAGAGUCUGAAGAGGAGGAUUUAACCACAAAGGGACGGGCCAGGAAAGGAAGAGGAACCACAAAAAAGGCCCCAAAAGAGAGCAGCUCUCCUGGCAUGCAAAGGCGCCAUCCACAAGGGAAGAUGGAUAUUGCUCCUGUGGAAGUUUUGCGAUCAAUAGAGGAAGAGCCAGAGUUGUUAGAUCUCAGUAUUGAUGAACUGCGUGCGUCUGAUACAGAAGAUCCCAAACCAUCAAGAGGUUACAGGGGACAAAAAUCCUCCAGAAAAGAGAAGGUGGCAGAGUGUGAAAUUCUCAGAAGAGAUAUUGGAGGGGAUCUGCAGAGCUGGACAUCUGGAACAAGACAGCGGGAAACUGAUACAAACAUUUUUAGCUUUUCUGGCCUUUCUUCUUCUCUACCAGAUACAUUCAGUAUCUCUGAUCUGAACUCUAUCUCUACUCUUCUCUAUGAGGCGUUGGAAUCUGUAGCCCAUUUUCCUCCAUGUGCCUUAUACUCCAGAUUAUGCCGACUUCUUGCUCUAUGCUCUGGAGGACAAGACCCAUAUAUGACUGCACUUCUAGUUAGCGAAUCUGUGUCCAUCACUUUAAGACAUCAGUUACUCAGUGAUAUUCAUCGAAAGCUAAGGAAACUGAAGAAGGAGCGUGUAGGUGGUUUGACUGACAAGCUACAAAGUCUGUCCCUGGAUGAUCACAAGGACUCCAGGGUUCACUAUCUCUCACAUCUUGAGACUCUCUUCCAGUUUCCAAAACAGUCCCUACAAGUGCAUUCAUUUAAAGAGCAGAUCCAACAGAUCCCAGCAAAUACAGCAGUGUGUAUACUGACCUUAGCAGACUCCCAGACUAGAAACCCUGGAGAUACACUACUACUUAGUAGGCUGGAACGGGGAAAUGCACCUGUUACAGUACAAAUACCUACAGCGCAUCUGAAGAUUCCUUUAAGUUCAGCACUUCAAGAGUUUGACGAUAUUCAGAAAGAGCAGAAAACUGUCAACAACCUGACUGACAAAAAGAAAUGGUGGGAAGGACGCACCAAUCUGGACAGCCGGAUGAAGGCUUUAAUACAGUCCUUAGACGAACAGGUGCUAGGAUGCUGGAAGAGUCUGCUGUCUCCACCCUGUUCUAUGUCAGCAUUAGAGGAAGAAGCUAAAGGACUCUCUAAGGCGCUCUUACUAUGUGGCUGGAGGAGGACAGACACUGCACUUCUGAAGGCAAUUCUAGGAGGCUGCCACCAUUUAACCCCACAACACAUCCAUUCCUUGGUCCAAGGAUUCUGUACCUCAAAGAUGGAACAAGCGGUGGAGCUGCUUCAGAAAACUGUGGAUACCGUGAAAUUGAAAACAGAAAAUACUGAAGGACAUCUAGUUCUAAUAUUGGACAAGCAUCUUCAGAAGUUGCCUUGGGAAAGUAUGGCUUGUCUGCUAACCAGAUCAGUGACUCGCCUUCCAUCUCUGCAUUUUCUACUCAACUAUGGUCUGCUAAAAAAGCACCAGCCUCAGAGCACCCUUGUUCAUGGGGUUGAUCCUAAGAAAACCUUUUAUGUCCUUAAUCCUCACUCCAACCUACCUGGCACAGAGGAGCGUUUCAGAGAUUGGUUCAAAAAUGAACCCGGAUGGAAGGGAGUGAUCAAAUCUGCUCCAAAAUCUGAUGAGCUCCAGUCUGCCCUGACUAAUCAGGAUCUCUAUAUAUAUGUGGGGCAUGGAGCUGGUGUGCACUUCUUGGAUGCUCAGACCCUACAGCGAUUAGACUGUAAUGCAGUAGCAUUACUGUUUGGAUGUAGCAGCGCUGCCUUGGCAGUUCGGGGAGAACUGGAAGGAGCAGGCAUAGUUUUGAAAUACUUAAUGGCUGGAUGCCCCCUGGUGGUCGGAAACUUGUGGGACGUCACAGACAGAGAGAUUGACCGCUACACUGUGGCAUUCCUGCAAGGAUGGUUGAAGGCCGGGGCUGGCGCUUCACUUCUGAAAUACUUAUCCGAAUCCCGCCAGGCUCCCAAGCUAAAGUACAUUAUUGGUGCAGCUCCUGUGGCUUAUGGUUUACCUGUGGCCUUGCAAUGAAAUGCGCGCAGCCUUAUGUAGCAUUCCGUGCACUGUAUAGAAAGCUGUUUAUAGUAGUGAAGUCUAACAAGCAAUGUAAAUUCUAUUGUCAUAUCUACAAAAUUAUAACUAGCAUUUUCCUUAUUUAAACUGCUAGGAAAUCUAUUGUGGCAUCCACACAGGUCUAACCUGCCGGAUAAUGUCUGCUGGUUUUAUGUAGUGUUCUAUUAUAACAGAAGUGAAUGUUCUCUCAUUCCUGGUCCAUGAAGUGUAUAGUUAGGUUUUUGUAUUUAUUACGGAUUUGAAAAAAAUACACUAUUUUUGCAGUCUCAAUGGGCUGUUUUAUAUAUUGAAACAUAUUUAUGUGCUUACAUUUUAGAGAUGAAAGUUUAAGAAAAUAUUUCUAAUGCAUGAGCGUGUCCAGGGAAAUAUAAAAACUUGCAUAAUAAAGAUCUUGUCUUUUUGUUUUUCUUAGGGUACGUUCACACCACGCAGAUUUGAUGCUCAGGAUCUUCUGCUGCGCAUUUCAGUGUAAACUAAAUGAUUGAGCACCGCUUCUAAUCUGCAGUUACAAAUCCUGCGCAUCAAAUCUGC